AUGGAUUCUCCAGACAUCCAUGUCCAUGCAGAGGCAUCCGUCCCGUCUCUGCGCGUGAAACCUGCUCCAAAAGCGUCUGCCAUUCCUACGCAAUUCUCUUACUCCCCUAGUGACGACGGAACAGACGAAAACCUCCUUAUUCUCCUGCACGGACUCGGUGACACCAAUAUUCCCUUUGCACGCCUUGGGAAAUCACUCAAGCUCCCGCAAACAGCCACCCUCGCGCUUCGCGCACCUGAUCUUGUCCCCUUCCUGUACGAACAGGCUUUCCAAUGGUAUCCUUCCUUCGACCAGCUCGGUGACCUCAUCGAGCGGCCAGACCCCAGUCCUGCACUCAAUCUUCUGAAGAAUGUUUUCGGUCAUCUGAUGGGUGAAUGUGGGUGGCCUCCACAUCGCAUCCACUUGUUCGGAUUCGCGCAAGGCGGAAGUGUUGCAGCUGAAGCAUGUCUUCAGUGGUGGCGUCGCGAGCUAGAACUUUCAUCGCAGUCGCACAUGACCAACAAAGAGACCCCCGUGCGGCCCCUUGGUUCGCUCGUCACCAUUUCUGGCCCCCUACUCUCAUACCCAACGCUCUCGAAACAAUGCGAGACGCCUGUUUUUGUGUUUCGCCGCCCACGUGAACUCAAGAAUGAGGCGCUAGUUGCAUUCAGGAAAGGUUUCUCUCGAGUAAAGGAUGUGGAGCGUGCGGGUGAGGGUAUGCCGCGCGCAAGUUUAAAGGAGGAAUGGCAGCCAAUUUUGGAGUUCUGGAGUGAGGUGCUUGGAUGGCGUCCUGGGGACGAUGUGUAUGAAGUCACGACGGGAGCGUCGAAUUAA